AACAGGAUUCAUAGUUGUAUCAGCAGGCGGUCUGUAUGCAGAUUCUGCUUGAGAAUAAAUUUGUUCUUGCAGCUGUUGCAACUGUGGGUAAUCAGAAACUCAAUCUGUAGAUUUUGUAAGAACACUAUUACUAGUGCCUGCAGCUAUUACUUCUUCUCCAUCACCUUCCGCGAAGGGAUUAGUAAAUUCCUCAUUAGAUGAAGAAUGAAAUUUAUCUGGUGAAGGCAUGUCCUGCAAAGCUAAAUAUUGCAGGUAAUCAAGAUAAUCAUUAUCAUCUGUAUCAGUCUGUACCUCAGUGAACAUGCAUAAAAAUUGUCCUGUAUUUGAUGACUGAUGAGAGGUUUGGGAUGAGGACGGCAUAGCAUCUAAUUCUGCUUGUAGCUGUCGUCGAUAAUCCCUGGAUGUCCGUAAUUGUUUUCGUGUAAUAGCAAAACUCCUUUCCAUUGAUGGUGGUGCAUCUAUUAAAUUGAGGAUAGGUUGCAACGUAUUCAUCAUAUCCGGCUGCGCAUUCUUUAUCACUGCAACAGUAAUGACAACCCUGGCAAAAAGGAUUAGCUUUGUUACUAGAGCAAACCUGAGGGUCUUGAGGUUGAAGUACCUCCUAGUACAAAGGCAUCGAAUUGGCUUUGCUGUCAAAAUAAGGAUCUUUUGGUGUAUCCUCAGUUUUAUCUCACAACUACAUCAUCUACUGUUGAGAUGAAAAGACCACUGGAAGUUUGCGGGAUUGGUGUUGCAGUCAUUGUCCAUGGUUUUUUGUUCACCCCACAAGGUUCAAGUCUGAUAUCAAGAUAUCUUUCAAUUGAUUCACCCCUGAUAAGAGCUUAUGGGUUCCUAGGUAAUUAUAUUGAUGGUUCAUUGUUGGUGGAGAUGCUCAGUUCAUAUUUCCUCUGUAUUCCACAGUUUGUGGUUGAAGAACAUAUGGGUUGUUCCAUUUUGGCAGCUACCCUGGUUUGGGAUGAUCAUAUGUUAUAUACAUUUGCUGAUGCAAUUAAUGCCUUUGAGAUCAAUGUUCACCAGAUGAGAUACUAUAUUCCUCAAGUUAGUACCAUCGACAAAUUAUGGAUGAACCAUGCUGACAAGAAGUCACCUUUGGUUGGGAAGAAAGAUAUACAAAUGGUUUUUUUGAAUGCUGAAUUGCUUGCUGGAUGGAAUUUUUCUCAAGCCAAUAAUAAUAUUCAGGAGAAAGAGCUUCCAACUUCCUGUCAGUUUUAUUUUAGGCAUUCUUCCACUAUGUCUGUUGGAACUAUUAGGAUUAUGGAUUCUCAUGGCUCCAUUUGCUUGGCAGAGGAUUAUGCAAACAUAAACACUGUCUGGGCGUCACUUAUAGUUGAAGAAUGUGUUAGAUUAGGUUUGACUUACUUCUGUAUAGCUCCAGGAUCAAGAUCAUCUCCACUUGCAAUUGCUGCUUGUCGUCAUCCUUACACUACUUGUUUUUCAUCUUAUGACGAACGCUCACUAGCAUUUCAUGCUGUUGGGUAUGCCAAAGGGUCUCACAAACCUGCUGUGGUCAUAACAUCAUCUGGCACAGCUGUGUCAAAUCUUCUUCCUGCGGUUGUGGAGGCUCAUCAUGAUUUUACUCCUCUUAUUUUAUUAACAGCUGAUCGCCCUCCAGAGCUACAUGAUGCAGGAGCAAACCAAUCUAUUGAUCAGGUGAACCACUUUGGGAAGUUUGCAAAGUUUUUUGGUCUUCCUGCGGCAAUGGAUCAAGUUCCUGUGAGAAUGAUUCUCACAACUAUUGACUCAGCCCUGCACUAUGCAACUCAAGUGCCAUUUGGUCCUGUUCAUAUUAAUUGUCCCUUUAGAGAACCACUAGAAGAUAGUCCAAAAGAAUGGACAAUAGACUGUUUAAAAGGAUUAGACUCGUGGUUUGCAAAGACAGAACCAUACACUAAGUACAUCACUAUGCAACUUCUCUUUGCAUCCAAUAAUUGCAACUCCCAACUUGCUGAGGUUACAGCAAUAAUACAGAGGGCUGAGAGGGGACUACUCCUUAUUGGUGCUAUUGAGAAUGAAGAUGAAAUUUUUGCAUCAUCUCUUUUGGUUAAACAUUUAUCAUGGCCAGUUGUCUGUGAUAUCAUGUCUGGUCUAAGAUUGCGUAGAGUAUUAAGUUCAUUUUCUGAGAUGAAGUUCUUAUUUAUUGAUCAUAUGGAUCAUGCUCUAUUGUCAGACUCGGUCAGGAGCUGGGCACAUCCAGAUGUAGUUCUUCAGCUUGGAAGAAGAAUUACAAGCAAAAGGAUUAGCCAAUUCCUAGAGUUUUGUUCUCCAUCUUCAUAUAUCUUGGUUGACAAAUUCCCAUGCCGCCAUGACCCUUCACAUAUAGUGACUCACAGAGUUCAAAGCACCAUUAUUGAGUUUACUCACAUUUUACAGAAGAUUCAAUUCCCAAGACAGGCUGGAAGAUGGAGAACUUUUCUUAACAAAUUGAAUGCAGCAGUUGCACAGGAGAUAGAAUUUCAAAUUUACUCAAAAUGCUUUCUUACAGAGCCAUAUGUUGCACAUGUAAUUGGAGAAGUACUCAAUGACGACACUUCCUUGUUUAUAGGGAAUAGCAUGGUCAUUAGAGACAUAGACAUGUAUGGGAAAGGCUGGUUGAGUUCUAUGAGCUAUGAUUAUCAAACAGUAUCAAAUUUGGGCGUAGAGUUUCAGGGUUUUCGGGUGGCUGGAAACAGAGGUGCAAGUGGUAUUGAUGGAGUGCUUAGCACAGCUGUUGGUUUUGCAGUUGGAUGUAACAAGCAUGUACUUUGCUUGAUUGGUGAUGUAUCUUUUCUUCAUGAUACAAAUGGCUUGGCAAUUCUUAAUGAAAGGGUGAAGCGGAAACCCUUAACUGUUGUUGUAAUAAACAAUCAUGGUGGUGGAAUUUUCAGUCUUUUACCAGUUGCAGAAAGAGCUAAUCCUGAUGUACUGAACAAGUUCUUCUACACAUGUCAUAAUAUCUCAAUAGAAAGACUCUGUACUGCCCAUAGUGUGAAACAUUUUUUAGUGCGGACGAUGUCUGAACUUCAAAAUGCUUUAUCCAAAUCUCAGCAUGAGCAGUAUGAUUGCGUGAUUGAAGUCGAGAGUAGUAUUGUGGAAAAUGCCAAUUUUCACAGAAUAAUAAACAAAUUUUCUUCUGAAGCUGCAAAUAAGACACUGAACUUCUUAUUAACAAACAUGGAAAAUCGCCUCUUUACCCACAAAAUCCACAAGGUGGAAUACUCAUUGUAUAGAAUCCAACUUUGUGCUCCACUGACUUCAAGUUUAUUAAAUGGUGAAAUGGAGAGUUUCUUCCAUGAAGGCUUUAUCCUAAGAAUAUAUUUGGACAAUAAUAUUGUAGGAUUGGGCGAGGUUGCCCCAAUUGAAAUCCAUGCAGAGGAUCUUUUAGAUGUCGAAGAGCAGUUAAGGUUCUUGGUGCAUAAGUUGGUAGGAUCAAACAUAAGUUUUAUUCCAUUGCUCAGAGGCUCAUUUUCUGAAUGGAUUUGGAGAUCCUUAGCAAUACCAGCCUCAUCCAUUUUUCCAAGUGUUAAGUGUGGAUUGGAGAUGGCUAUCCUCAAUACCCUGGCAAUGAAUGAAGCAUCCAGUUUCUUUGAUGUGAUCUCUGGUUAUGGGAGCUCCUCAGUUGAACCUCUGUUGGAUGCAGAUGGUAAUGAUGGUCCAAAACAGAUAGAGAUUUGUGCUCUCAUUGAUCAUAGUGGUUCACCAAAAGAGAUAGCUGAUGUUGUGUACCAAUUAGUUGACGAGGGUUUCAACACAAUAAAACUGAAGGUAGCACGAAGAAAAAAUCCUCUGGAAGAUGUAGAAGUCAUCAGAGCCAUCAGGCAAGUGGUUGGUUACAAAAUCAACAUCCGUGUUGAUGCAAACCGGAAGUGGACAUAUGAGGAGGCAUUGCAAUUUGGAUCUUGUGUAAAACAUUUCAACUUGCAAUUCAUUGAGGAACCUGUUAAUAGGGAAAUGGAUAUUCUCAAAUUUUGCGAUGAAAGCAGUCUGCCAGUAGCACUAGAUGAGACAAUUGACAAUCUUAAGGGAGAUCUCUUUCAUGGACUUAAAAAGUUCGCUCAUCCAGGAAUUGUUGCUAUUGUUAUCAAACCGAGUGUUAUUGGAGGAUUUGAAAAUGCAGCUACAGUAGCAAAGUGGGCUCAGUUGCAUAAGAAGAUAGCCAUUGUCAGUAGCGCAUUUGAAAGCAGUGUGAGUUUGUCGGUGUAUAUACAGUUUGCAUAUUAUCUGGAGAGGCAGAAUGCUGCAGUUUGCAAAAUAGAGGGAAGGGAAUUAAAUGCAGCACUAGCCCAUGGCCUUGGAACAUAUCGUUGGCUGAAGGAAGAUGUAACUUCCAGUGGUAUAGAUAUUUGCAUGUCAUCGGAUAGGUACAGACUGGUAGCAUCUGUCGAGAAAGCUGAGAAUUUUUUAAAGCUUGUGCAAAUCAAUAAAGCAAAUAUUCAGAAAAGCUACUCCGAAGAACAAACUAGUGCUUAUCAAACUGAAGUUGAUGGAGAGUUUUUUAGCUGUUCAUUCAAGUUUCUGAAAGUUGGUCAAAACCUAAAUAAUAGAACGGUUGUCUUUCUUCAUGGCUUCUUGGGUACAAGUGAAGAGUGGAUCCCAAUUAUAAGGAGUAUAUCAGCUAGCGUGCAUUGCAUUUCCAUUGACCUACCUGGCCAUGGGGAGUCAAAGUUACAAUCACUAGUGGAUAAGAGUUCUAAACAAAGAUUGGAUUUAUCUGUUGAAUCUGUUGCAAAUAUAUUGCUAAAGUUGAUCUCUGGUAUCACUAGUGGAAAGGUCAUUCUUGUUGGCUAUUCAAUGGGUGCCAGGAUUGCAUUAAACAUGGCAGUCAAAUACAAAGAAAAGGUCAUUGGAGCUGUCAUAAUCUCGGGAAGCCCAGGAUUAAGAAAUGAAACAACCAAAAGAAUCCGUGUUGCCCAAGAUGAAGCAAAGGCAAACUUUCUAGUGGAACAUGGUUUGGAGUGCUUUCUGGAUUUAUGGUACUCUGGCAUCCUAUGGAGAAGCUUAAGGGGCCAUCCUAACUUCAGCCAUAUUAAGAGCUCUCGCAGCAGGCAUAAAGACAUACAGGGUCUUGCAAAUGUUCUAUCGAGCUUAAGCGUUGGGAAGCAAUUGUCUUUGUGGGAUGACUUGAAACACUUGCAAACGCCACUGCUCUUCAUCGUGGGAGAAAAGGAUACAAAGUUCCGGGAGAUUGCACAGCAGAUGUGCAGUGAAAUCAAGAGAGGUUCCAUAGCUGACCAUCACCGGCAACGAAAGCUAUUUGACACAAUUGUCGUACCAGAUUGUGGUCAUGCUGUACAUCUAGAGAAUCCUCUUUGUGUGAUCAAUGCAGUGAGAAAAUUUGUGGAAAGAUGGGAGCAGAAAUGAUGCAGUUAUGGGCUUAUCGCACAUUUAUCGGCUAUUUUUUUCCCGUUCUCGGAUCUCAUUAUUUCUAUAAUAAUCACAAAGAUCAGUGUGGCCCAUUUAUAGCUAAAGAAAUCGUGUAAAAGAUGAGACAUGAAUUAAUAUGUCAGGGAGGGGAAAAAAAAUGUACUGUGUAUUUUUGUGAAUGAAGCCGAAGUAUAAUGCUUUUGCUUUUCA